UUCCACUAAGCGCUCACGACGAUCAAAAUUCUCCUUUAGCCAUUCCACAUACCGACCGCGGUCGUUGUGGUCACGGCGAAAACGUCACUCAUGACGUCAUGACUAAUGCUCACGCAAGGCUCACAACGACCCAUCUAAAGAGGUGGGUCAAAGUGAACGUUGAGAAUAAUUCGGCGCAAUUUUUGAAAUUGUUUUUGAAAUAUGAUAUUCAAAGCUUAAAGAUGGCGACAAGAAAAAUAACAUUAUAUGAUUCUGAAAGAGAAAUUGUAGUAGAAGCUAUCGUUUCUGAAGCUGAAGCUGCUCGUGCAGAAAGAGAUGUAUUUUUUGCAACUAAGCUGUUAAGAAAAAUUAUUAAUCAAAAUUCUGAAGCUUCCGCAUCUGUUGAAGUUGAUCAAGAAUCUAGUGAAUUAUACGAUGAAGAGACUUCAGAGAGUUUUAUUGGAGAAGAACGACUUGAUAGUGAUAAUCUAACCGAUCUCAACUCUGAAACUCCAGAAUUUGAAGGAGAAACUUCAGUAUACAGGUGGAACUCACUCUGCGUAUUAUUAUUAUUGGAAUUAUAUAGGUCUAUGGAAGAAACUCUGAACAGUGGAAAAAUUUCUCAAAAACAAGUAUGGAAUAAAAUAUCCCAAGAUAUGAAAAAAAAAGGAUACGAUGUGACGGGACCGCAAUGUCAUUCUAAAAUAUUCAAUUAUUCUUCACUUUUAACAUAAAUAAAUUUAAGUCACAAAUAUUAAAA